AUGCUUUGUUAUCUUUUUUUUUUGAACAACUUUUCUUUAAAGAAAAUAAAAGGUUACAAGCAUUCGACAAGACGGGAAUUGAGAACGCAUGCAGCCGAUUUUGCAAGCAAAUCGGCUUCCAGAUUCUCCGAUCUCGGCACAAAUCGAAAGGAGAUCGAGGUGGAGGAAAUCCUUCUCCAAGGCAUGGAUCAAGGCGGAUCUGAUAGCAAUGGCUUCGCCAUGAGUGGAGAUGAAGCAAAUGGUUCCGCCAAGCUGCCUGAGUCAAGCUUGGAUCCUUCUCUGUUGGUGAAGAUCCAUCCUGCUCCCGCGAUCGCAGUUUUCUGUUUCCAAACUCCGUCAGUGAAGCAGAUCACUGUGUCAGGGUGGAGAGUCCGUUGA